AUGGGUGAAGUAAACAAAUUGACCUUUCAAGACUUCAUGCGAAAGUGUUUUAAAAUGGGACUCUUCAAAAUUAUUCCAAGUCAGGGGUCUAAAGAGAAACAUCCAGAGAUAACAAACGAAGAUGACUCGGAUGUUGUGUCCACUAUCAUUGGAGAUUAUGGAAGAUGGCAACUCAUGAUGACUUUCCUCUUAUCUUUGUUCUCCUUCCCAUGUACUUUUCACAUAUAUUUACCAACGUUUACGGCGAAAGCAACAAAGUUCUGGUGUCAAAGGCCAGAAAAUUUGUCAUCUCUACCUGUAGACGAUUGGAUAAAUUACAGUCAGCCCAUAGACGCUUGCUCGAUACGAGUUUUGCCACCUGGGAUUACGGUGGAAAGCAUCUUAAACAACACGGCUCCAUUAUUGGACUCAUUUCAAAAAUGUACUCAAUGGGAAUAUGAUAAAUCAGAGGUUGGAGAAACGAUCAUUUCAGAAUGGAAUCUCGUUUGCGAUAACGCUAACUUGACUAGCCUAGGCGAAGUUGUGUUUUUAGUAGGCGUUGGAGUGGGAGGUGUUGUGGGGGGCUGGAUAUCCGAUAAAUUUGGCCGUAAAAAGAUUCUUAUGGGCAUGGUAGUAGCACAAAGCGCUCUCGGAAUUAUCUCGUUGCUUGUCAAAUCAUACUUACAGUAUAUGAUGGUGAAGCUGGUAAUGGGUCUCGUGUCAGUAUCCGUCGUUUACGCAGCCUUCGUACUGUCUGUAGAGUUAGUUGGAGGCAAAUGGGUCACCAUAGCAGGGGUGUGCAACUUUUUUCCUCUACCAUUGGCAUACAUUAUUGUAUCCCUCCUUUCAUUGGCUAUGCCAAAUUGGAGGCAUCUGCAAUUAGCUUUAUCAGUGCCAGGAUGUUUUCUACUUUUGAUGUGGUUUGUGCUACCUGAAUCUCCGAGAUGGCUGUUAAAUAUGGGUAGAACUCAAGAAGCCCGAGAAAUAUUGGAAAGGGCAGCCAAAUUUAAUAAAAGAAACACGGUUGCUGAUAUAGACAAACUUCUUCUUUUACAUAAAGUAGAGGAAGAUAGAGAGGAACCUAGUGUCCUCAUGUUGUUCAAGGGAUAUUUAUUAAAAAGGACUUUUUGCUUGUUUAUUGCGUGGUUUUCAAUGACAAUAGCAUACUACGGGCUCUUGUUAAAUAUCGGUAAAUUCAAUCUCGGCAAUUUGCACCUCACAUCAAUCAUACUUGCUGUAGUUGAAGUACCGGCAAUCGCAUUGAGUAUUCCUAUUCUAUUGAAGGCUGGCAGACGUAUACCGAUCUGUUUAACCAUGUUCGUUUGUGGAGUCGCCUGUGUCACAAGUGAACUACUUUCCAUAUUAUACGAUGAUGUUUGGAUAAUAAUAUUUAGUCUCAUGGUCGGGAAGUUUGCUAUCGGUGCAACAAAUAUGAUGCUGCCUAUUUACACCGCUGAGCUAUAUCCGACUGUGAUAAGGAAUCUUGGUGUUGGAGCAAGUCAAAUAUCUUCCGGACUGGCCCUCAUUUGUAUCCCAUAUUUGUGGGAACUGACAAAACUAAACGCACAUUUGCCGAUGGUGACUAUAGCAGCAUUGGGUGCGGCAGGCGGUGCCGUCGUCCUUCUCUUACCAGACACAGUAAACUCAAAAGAUAACAAAAAACCUAAAAACGUAUCUUGCAAUGGAACUUUCACAAUCAGCGACGACAGGCGGUAUUGA